AUGAGCGACGCUCCGGCCGCCAAGACGGGUCUGAGCCCAUCUCUCCAGGACCCCAAGUCCGAUCCGCAGUAUAUCCAAUUCGAAUGCCUUCCGCCAGGCGGUCCGCUAAAUCGUUGGUCUCAUACUAUCACAAGGGAGCAUGACUUCCCAGGUGCUCAGGCUCAGUUGUAUGGUGCCGGGGUCCCCGAUGAGGAGAUGAUGAAGAAUGCACCCCACGUUGGGAUAGCCACUGUCUGGUGGGAAGGAAAUGCUGUACUCCUCGACUUCGGGAGGAUUGUCAAGAGGUCAUUAGAAAAGCAAAAGAUGUUGGGAUGGCAGUAUAGUGCCGUGGGCGUAUCAGAUGCCAUCACAAUGGGAGGCGAAGGCAUGAGAUACUCUCUCCAAACUCGCGAUCUCAUCGCUGAUAGCAUCGAGACCGUAACAUGUGCGCAGCGCCACGACGCCAACAUUUCGAUUCCCGGUUGUGACAAGAAUAUGCCGGGCGUGGUAAUGGCCGCAGCACGCCAUAACCGACCUUUUAUCAUGAUUUAUGGAGGAUCGAUCCGAAAGGGAUAUUCGAAGCUUUUAGAACGCGACAUAAACGUGACCACCUGCUAUGAAGCUGCAGGAGCUUUAACAUAUGGCCGGCUCGAAGCCAAGACGAACCCUGGCACCAAUGGUCGAACUUCAAUCGACGUGAUGAAGGAUAUCGAACGACACGCUUGUCCCGGAGCUGGUGCGUGUGGCGGCAUGUUUACAGCUAACACGAUGGCAACGGCCAUAGAAGCGAUGGGGAUGACUCUUCCUGGGUCAUCGUCCUAUCCUGCCGUAUCCCCGGAAAAGGCCCGCGAGUGUGAGCGCGCGGCAGAAGUGAUCAAAAUAACCAUGGAAAAGGACAUUCGUCCCCGCGAUCUCAUAACAAGAGAAUCAUUUGAGAACGCACUGGUCGUCACUAUGAUUCUGGGCGGCUCAACUAACGGCGUGCUGCACUUCUUGGCUAUGGCAAACACGGCUGAAGUACCGCUAACUCUGGAAGAUAUCGAUAGAGUCAGCAACAAGACACCAUUCUUAGCGGAUUUGGCACCUAGUGGGAAGUAUCUGAUGGAGGAUUUAUAUAAGAUCGGCGGCACACCGUCGGUGCUGAAGAUGCUCAUAGCGGCCGGUCUGAUCAACGGCAACAUCCCGACGGUUACGGGCCGCACGCUUGCGGAAAAUGUCGCUGACUGGCCUAGUCUGCCGCCUGAUCAAAAGAUCAUCCGCCCCCUAUCGGAUCCUAUCAAGGAAACGGGUCAUCUUCGGAUCUUACGUGGUAAUCUCGCACCAGAAGGAGCCGUAGCUAAGAUCACCGGCAAGGAAGGGCUGAGCUUCACGGGCAAGGCUCGUGUUUUUAAUAAGGAACACGAGCUUGACGAAGCUUUAUCGGAAGGCUUGAUCCCGCGAGACGAGAACUUGGUGCUUAUAGUUCGGUAUGAAGGCCCUAAAGGAGGUCCAGGGAUGCCGGAACAACUGAGGGCAUCGGCGGCAAUCAUGGGAGCCGGGCUCAAGAACAUCGCCUUGGUCACGGAUGGUAGGUAUAGCGGUGCUUCGCAUGGCUUCAUUGUCGGCCACGUUUGUCCAGAAGCGGCCAUGGGUGGCCCUAUUGCUCUGGUCAAAGAAGGAGACACGAUCGUAAUCGAUGCUGUAAAGAAUCGAAUUGAUAUAACUAGCGUGAGUGACGGAGAGCUGGAGGAGAGGAGGAAGGUGUGGAAAGCUCCCCUGCCAACAGUAAGGAGAGGUGUCUUGGCUAAAUAUGCGAGACUAGUCGGAGAUGCUAGCCACGGUGCAGUCACUGACCAAUGGGAUUUGGAAUACUAG